AUGUCAACUCAAGAUCAUGUUUCCUGGUCAACUGUGGCUUCUCGCGGUGCCUCCAAGAAAGUCCUGCGUCCACUUCCUGUCUCUGGCGAGACUGAUUCUCAAUUCAAGUUGAAAAGUAACACCCUUUUCCAUCAUCCUGAACUUGAUUACCAGAUUAUGGUACGCCAAGCUGCUUCUAUUGUCAAGCAAGCACUGACGCCUGGUUCUGUUUUGUUUUCGUUCCCCGCUUCACUUUUUAAACAUCGGACAGAAGCUUAUGAACUCAUUGAAGAUCAAUGUGGUGCUGUCCAGGGAUUUCGUCCUAUUAGCAAUUAUGGUACUCGCUCUGCUGGUGAAUUCAUGGUUGAAGUUAAGUUUGUAAUGCCAACAAGCACUACAAAGGCAAUCACUCACGGUGUUAGUUACAAGAACUUGUUGUUUAAAGGCUCUCCUUCUGUUCCUAGGGGCAACAAUACACUUGUGCAUGUCAAGAUGACUCUUUUGCGAAUUCCGGACAAGGAUACGUUUCUGGCGGAUCUCAAAAGAUCUCUGCGCUAUUACGGUGAAGUGUACCAGGUGAAAGAGUACACUUGCGGUGGGUACUUUGAAGGUGAGCUGUCGGUUAUCCUUGAUAUCUCGGCUGGCUAUAUUGAUGCUUCUGGUGACAAGGUCAAGAAUGAGCCACUCACAAAUAAUUUGUACUUGGAGGAAUGGGACUGUUUUGCUUCGGCAACAUUUAAAGGUGCA